AUGUCAGGUGAUAAUAUUGGUAUGAUGGAAGGUGCUUUCUUCGUAGGAAGAGGAGAGCUCUUGUCCUGGGUUAACGAUACUUUCCAACUUAAUUUAACCAAGGUAGAACAGUGUGCAACUGGAGCAGUCCAUUGCUAGAUUAUUGAUGCUAUCUUCCCUAACUCUGUGUAAAUGUCAAAGGUCAAAUGGGGAGCCAAGCAUGACUAUGAAUUUGUUGAGAACUUCAAAUUACUUUAACAAGCUUUCGCCAAGAAUGAGAUCAAGAGAUAUAUUGAUGUUGACAAGCUUAUUAAGGCAAAGUAUUAGGACAAUCUAGAAUUAUUGCAAUGGAUGAAAAGAUACUUUGAUAUCAACUAUAACGGAGAACCAUACGAUGCAGUUGGCAGAAGAAAGGGAUAAGAUUUGUUCUACAUUCUAGGUGGAGGCAAGGUAGGUUAAGCUUAGGGCUCAAACACAGUAAAGUCAUCUGGGGCAAAAGCAUUAGGCACAUCAAAGCCAGCAGGUUCAGCAGUGAAACAAUCAGUAACAUCAUCAGUAGGAGCUGGACUUAAGUCAAAGGUUAAUGCAGCAGGUGCUGCUAGCACUUCCGAUGUGAAGGCUUUGUAAUCCGAAAUAUCUGAAAUGAAAUUAAACAUGGAUACUCUUGAGAAAGAAAGAGAUUUUUACUUUGGCAAAUUAAGAGACAUUGAAAUGCUUCUCUAAGCUAAUCCUAGUCAUGCUAAUCCACUCACAGAAAACAUACUUAAAAUCUUAUAUGCCUCGGAAGAAGAGAAGGUUGAGAUUGGUGAUGAUGGUCAAUUGCACAUCUCUGGAAAGGCAGCCCAAGGCGGUGAUGAUGACUUAUUAGAUGAUGAAAAUACAAACUGA